AUGUGCGUCAUAGCAAACCAUCCCUUUCAAGAUCCACCGUCGCCGUCGUCGUCGGCGAUUCGGUGGAGUCGAGGGAAAUUGCUGGGCAAAGGAACCUACGGCAAGGUCUACAUCGGAAUUCCAAGAACCCCAAAUUCGCCUCUCAUGGCAGUGAAAUCUGCGCCGGAAUACAACGCCAAGUUUCUGAAAUUGGAGCACCGGAUUCUUGCCGAGUUCCGCCUCAACCCAGCAAUCAUACAGUGCCUCGGCGCUCAAAUAACCCAAGAGGACGGCGGACCCAGAAUCUACAACUUGUUGUUGGAAUACGCCCCUUGCGGCUCCCUCUCCGAUUUAAUCGCUAGGUACCGCCGCCUCCGCGGCCGUCGCGGGAUUCCGGAGAGCGAAAUUAGGGUUUACACUCGAACGAUACUGGAGGCGCUGUCGUGCAUCCACUCCAGGGGAUACGCGCACUGCGACAUCAAGCCGGACAACAUUCUGGUGUUUCCCCCAUCGGAAGAAGCAGAAUCGGUGGGUCGGCUCAAGGUGGCGGACUUCGGGGCGGCGGUGGACUUGUCGGAGCAGAGCGGAGGAGCGGAGAAUUCGGGGAUUAGGGGGGCGGUACGGUACAUGGCGCCGGAGGUGGCGGUGGCGGGGAGGGUAACGACGGCGAUGGAUGUUUGGGCCCUGGGGUGCACGGUGGUGGAGAUGGUGACGGGGAAGCGGCCGUGGAAGGGUUUGGAGGAGGAGGACGUCAUGGCGCGAGUCGCCGAUGGGCGGCAUCCGAAGAUUCCGGCGGCGUUGUCGGCGGAAGGUAGGGAUUUCUUGAAUGAAUGUUUUGUUGUGAAUCGUUUGAAGCGAGCGACUGCUGACUCGCUCCUGAGUCACCGUUUUGUAGCCCGGUGUUACAGCAGCACGGAUCAGUAA